AUGAGAGUAAAUGAACUGAUCUUGAUCCAGGAGAAUCUGAGCUGGAAAGGAGCUCUGAGAUACUGCAGAGAGAAUCAUGUGGACCUGGUCUCAGUUCACUCUGAGGAGAUCCAGCUCUGGGUGGAGGAUGUGGCUCAGAAAGCCUCCACUGAUCAUGUGUGGCUGGGUCUGCGUCACACCUGCACUCAGGGAUUCUGGUUCUGGACGAGUGGGUUUUCCGUCUGCUAUGAUAACUGGGCUCCAGGUAACGGGACAGAAGGAGAAGACUGCAGUCCUGUAGAGAGAACCGGAGCGGUGCAGGCUAGAGGAGAUCAGCAGUGGGUCAGCCUGCCUGAGAACCAGACUCUCAACUUCAUCUGCAUCAGAUAUGAAGGUUAGAUUUAGUGUUUAUGUGUGAUUUGUACAAAAUGUGCAAAUAGACACGACAUAAAAUCUUAAUUAUUCAUUAUUUUUCCCAGGUAGAAAUCAGGUGUGUAGAAUUUUGUUGCCCAGAAUCAGCAGCUUAACAGCUUUACCACAUUCUCUGUAUAUUAGCUUAAAGUAGUGCUUUAUACUGUAUGUACUGUAACUGUUAAGAUUAAAUGCAUUUCCUUGUUUCAUAUUUGUGCCUCUUUACCUUUUUCUAAUG